AUGCAACGAUUAACAGCGACAGAAGAUUUAACAAGCGUUGAAUGGCGAGAUACCAAUUGGUUAGAGCGUGUUGGCGGUUUCCAGAACCAGCAAAUGGUGCUGGAUUACUUUGCCAUGUCACCGUUCUGGGAUCGUCAGUGUAAUAAUCAGAUUCUUGCCAUGCAAACGCAGUACAAUGAUUUACGACAGCCAUAUGAAGCGACACAAGAAGCAUUAAGGAAAAUGACCGGGAUUGAGUUUGCCGUCACGCAUGAGCAACCACCCGUGUGGGUGAUUCAAAAACGAUAUCGUCGAGGGCCGGCUCCGGACGAUGUCAAUCCCAUCGCGACUUAUUAUAUUAUGGGUGCCAACGUGUAUCAGUCACCCACGAUUUAUUCAGUCAUUGCAAAUCGAUUGGUAACGCGUCAUCUACGUUAA